ACAUCGAGGCGUGAUUAUUCGAGUUCGUACCCUCGAAUUAAUCGGAAUCGACAAGUACAGUAACCACAAACAAAAUGGCGGCUCCGGGAAGAGGAACUUCUCGCGUUCUGCUGAAGUUGAAGCGAAAUGUGGAGGAAGGGAACUACUACGAAGCACAUCAGAUGUAUAGAACGUUGUACCAUAGGUACAUGGCACAGAAGAAGCAUGCUGAGGCGAUAGAGUUAAUCUACUCAGGAGCAUCCUUGCUACUGAGCCACAACCAGUAUACUAGUGGUGCUGAUCUGUGUUUACUGUUGGUUGAAGCCUUCAAUACAUCUGAUACUCCUGUUGACACUGAAAAUAUAGAUAAAGUAGCUAAUCUUGUCUGCACUAUUCCUGCCGAAGUGCCAGAGAGAGGCAAGUGUAUCAACUCAGCCUUGCAGUGGUCCAAAGCCAGUAACCAAGCCAUCAAAACAGGAGACCCAGAACUCCAUCAAAGAUUAGCCGUAACACUCUGGAAAGAGAAGAAUUAUAUGGAGGCGCGGUAUCAUUUCUUGCACUCGUACGAUGGUGAGGGAUGUGCCUCCAUGUUGGUUGAGUACCAAGUGACCAAUGGCUACCCGAGUGAGGUGGAUAUGUUUGUAGCUCAGGCCGUCUUUCAGUACUUGUGCCUCAAGAACAAGGCCUGUGCCUCGCUGACGUUUCACAUUUACACCGAGAAGCACCCGGCUAUAGAGAGCGGUCCGCCAUUCAUUCUGCCCCUCCUGAAUUUCCUCUGGUUUAUGCUGACGGCAAUAGAAGGUGGCAAGCUGACUACUUUCACGGUGCUCUGUGAGCGAUAUCAGCCCAGUCUCAAGAGAGAUCCCGUUUACUUGGAGUAUCUGGAUAGAAUAGGCCAGCUGUUCUUUGGUUUGCCUCCUCCGGCUGGGCCCACUACGGGUGGAGGGAUGCUAGAUAACCUGCUGCGUGGUUUUCUCGGCGGCGAAACGGGGCAUGAUGAGGGCACGGGCUCGUCAAGGCCUGCAGAAGAGGAGCUGGACUGACGGCAACAUAAAAUUAUCAGAAAAUAUUGGUACAUGUAAAAUUAAUGUUCAUCACUGUCGAGCGCGGCAAAGAGUUGCUGCCAAUUUUUUUGGAAGGAACUGUUGACCAGAGUCAACUGCUUUACACGCAACACCUGCCAUGAAUGUGUUGCACGUCUCAACUAGCCUGCUCUAGUCAUCGUCAGGAGACAGUCUCAUGAUGA